GCGUGUGCAGGGUCUAUAUCUCCACUACUACUACUGCGGCUACUGUGACUGGUGGUAAUCUACAGCUGUUGUUCCUCUGGAGCCAUACACAGCACUAGUGAAGGAUGUGGCUCAUCUGUGUUCCCCCUCUUCUCUCUUUUGAAUGAAUGGCAGUGGGAUUGGAGUCAUUGGACCUGAGGGGCUUUCACACAAACUAACACCAAAAGGCUAUGGAUGUUACUGAACGAUAACAGCAGGAGGCUGCUGAGGGAAGGACAGCUCAUAUUAAUCGCCAGGAUGGAGCGAAUGGAAUGGCAUGGAAACCAUGGAAACCAUGUGUUUGGUGUAUUUGAUGCCGUGCCACUGAUUCUGCUCCAGCCAUUACCACGAGCCCGUCCUCCCUCACUAAGCUUUAUCUCUGUAUCAACAUAAGGCCAGUGAGGAACACUCAUAGAUGAGCCUUGGUUGGUCAGAAUCAGGGCCGGGAGAAGACAUGCAGCACACGUCGUGUACUGAGGACCGGAUCCAGCAUGCUCUGGACCGAUGUCUGGAUGGGCUCAGACCCAGCCCCACGGCGCCACAACCCUGGAACGUCCUGAUGUGCACGGCGGGCCAGUCGUUGAACCGCUGGAGUCUGGAGGAAUUGGUGAAGAGAGACCCAGAGAACUUCCUCAUCCUCCUGCAGCAGAUCCUCAGGAAGACCCGAGAGGUCCAGGAUCAGUGUCAGUAUGAGCUAGUGGCUCCCCUCGCUAUCAUGUUCUCCUCCACUCUGUUACAGACCCCCUUCUGUCCCCCUGCCACGGAGCUGCUGGAGGAGGCCUGUGAGGUGUUUGGCUGUUUCCUGACUUGGCCAGAGCCUUACUGCAGCGUGUGUAAAGGACUGCUCUCCACCUUACACCAGGAACUCAAGGCCCCAGGCAUAUCCUAUCACAGACUGGUGAGAGAAGAGCAAGGCCUGGCCACCUCAAAACAUCGCUCAAAAACAAUGACGGUUCUGUUGAUGAACCCUAGUGAGGUGCCUCCUGAGUUCCUGUCUGUAGCAGACCAACUGAGUAGUAUCCAACGGUCCCAGAGAGAGACGUAUAUCACCCUGAUCAAACAUGCCUACCAGGCUACCCUGGGCACCAAGUACACCCUGGCCAGCAUCCACAAAGCCCUGCAGGUCAAGAGUCUAGAAGUGCUGGUGGAGAUCUUCUCCGUGGUAACGGACGUCCUGGAGAUGGCCGCUGCCAUGGACGACCCGGCGAAAGGCCGUGAUCAUGUGACGCAGGGCCUGGAGGGGCUGAGGGAGAGGAUGGGCGUCCCAGCGUCCGAUGUCAGGAAGUCUGAGGGAAUGCUGCAAACGCUACCACUGCCCACAGCCAAGUGCUACAUGUUUCACUGGGACAAGGACAACUUUGACAUCCUCAACACCAUUCUGGAGAACGAGCAUGACCUAACCGGCUUCCAGACCUCCAGUGGUCAGGGUGAUGGUGAGGAGGGGGAGGAAGAUGCAGAGUUCGACCUGGAGGAGGAAGAGGGAGAGAAGGAAGAGGGAGAGAAGGAGUUUGUGCGUAGACAUGUCGGAGACAACGGCUGGAGCGUGGACCACCGAGCCUCCACCUUCUCCACCGUCUCCUCCCUCUCCACUGCCUCUAAAGACUCCAUGUACUCCAACUUGUCCGAAUCCUACACCCCCUCCAUUCUCUCAGUCACUUCCGGCAUCGACAGCGACUUCUACGAAGACCCAGAGGACGCCACCUCCAGCCCCUCCCCUUUGGAAAGGAGCCCAUCAUCCGGCAAGUCAACCAAAGCUUCGGCUCGUCGGAGCCAGCACUUCUCCCGUUUCUUCAAGACAAAGACACAGUCCCUGACCAGAGCCAAGAGCCUCGGCAGCCCAGAUGCUACGGACUUUGUCCCUGUUCGUUCAAAGCGCUCCAACUCCCUCCCGCAGCAGGUGCACCUACGCAGCCCAGACUCUUUGUUCCAGACCCCCUGUACCCCCCAGGCCCUCAAGCAUGUGUGCUUCCGCCGGAGGCCCAUCCUGAGCAGUGACGAGGAGGGUAAUAGUAAUGCCACCACCCUGAGGGUGGUAGUGUUCGGGGCCGACCAUGUGGCGGGCAAGGUGGCGAGGGCCUAUAGUAAUCUACGCCAGAGAGAGAACGUUUGCCCGAGCCUCAGCAGAGCCUUCCGGCUGCAGUUCUUCUUUGUGCCUGUGAAGAGGGACGGUGUUGUGAGGUGCCCCAGUCCCAGGUGCCCUAGCCCCGGAGGCCAGUCAGCUAGCCCACGGAGAGGAAGUACAUCCUGUACAGAGCUCAACAUUCUUGGCACAGAAGACAGCACUAACGACAUAGCCCAUUUCAUUGGUAUGCUGGACCCCUGGUACGAACGCAACACCUUGAGCCUGCUCAGUCUACCGGCCAACGUGGUGUGUCAACAAACCUCGAAGAUGGAGUCCGAGUUGUAUGAUAGUUCCUAUGAGGAUCGUCUGCCCAUCCUGGCUGACCUGGUGUUGUACUACUGUCGCCAUGCCACCAGGCCUGCACUGAUGCAGCUCUACCAAGCUGAGAUGACGUUAGCUGGAGGCGAGAGGAGGACAGAGGUUUUCCUUCACUCCCUAGAGCUGGGCCACACCGCAGGGACACGAGCCAUCAAGGCUAUGGGUGCCGCGAGCAAGAGGUUUGGGAUCGAUGGCGACCGGGAGGCAGUCCCUCUGAUGUUAGAGGUGGUUUACAACAGGGUGGUCAUCAGUGGGAGAAGUCAAUGGACGAAGAAAGACAAAGUGUGCACCUCCAUCAACCUGACCAAAGCCUGCAAGAAUCCAGAGGAACUAGAUUCAAAGAUGGAGUGCUUGCAGUUGACAAUGACAGAAGUACUGAAAAGGCAGAACUCAAACAAAUCUAAGAAAGGCUACAAUCAGCAACUGAGUGUUACUGAGGUGAAGGUGGACAAGGUGCAGGUCAGUGGGACUGGUAACACCACCUUCGCUGUGUGUCUGGACCAGGAUGAGAAGAAGAUCUUCCAGGGUGUCACCAGGUGUGAGGUGUCUGUAUGCUACAAGCCUGACAGUUCUACAGACUGGAGGUUAGACCAGGGUCUGUCCGCCCAGAUCCAGCCUCUCCACCCCACCUUCUGCUCCCUCCUCUGCCUGCCCAUAGCCACCUUCAGCGGGGCACAGCCCUGAGAGGGGAAGACCAGCCUGCCCAUAGCCACCUUCAGCGGGGCACAGCCCUGAGAGGGGAAGACCAGCCUGCCCAUAGCCACCUUCAGCGGGGCACAGCCCUGAGAGGGGAAGACCAGCCUUAAAAAUAUAUAUAUACUUUAUGUAUUUAUGACACUUUUUUUUUACCAGACAGCUGGUAACAGAGGGGGAGUAAGUGGAGAUGAAAAGCCUUGAGUCUGUGGACCAGACUAAAAUUAAUGGAAGUGACUAUUUUUGGAGCCAAGGGAUAUUAUGGCUGCUGGAUGGUUCAGCGAACCAUCCUCCUGUGAUGACUAACAUUGCCUGAGGCCUACAGACCUCCGUUGGGCUAACACAGUCUUGUGACAUUCAGGAGACUGGGGUUCAAUACCCAGUUGCUAAAAUGGACACUAUAGAUUAUGUAAAUGAUGUACAUUUGUAUACUAUCUAUUUCUUCCCUCAAAAUAACUUCAACAUUACACUGUAGCUACCCUGGUAUUGGUGCAAGGUAUUUGGAAGCACUGAAGUCCUCUCUUCCUGCACUGUAAUGAGCAACGGUUUCCUGAAGUGGGACAUUUCUGAAAUAUCACAGUGACUUCUUUAGACCAGCAGGGGAGUCCAUUGUGUUCACUUUCCCACACGAGAGCAACGUAUGUCAGGAUAAUGAGGUAGAAAAGGUAGCCUUUCUCAGGACUCCACAGACUCACCCAAAAGCAAUUAUGUUCAAUGUUGUUUUUACAUUUGAAUGUAUACAUUUGACAUUGUAUUAAAUAAUCCCAUUUUUGACAUUCCAUUGUACAUAAUAUAAGAUGUAUCAUACUAGUAGUAGCACACUGUAAUGUUUAUUUGACACUGUAUUUGACAAAACAUAAGAUAUAUUUGGUUUAUUUAGCUGAUACCGAUGACCGCAGGAAAGGACAUAGAUAUUCCAGGAUAGAUUGACCUGGUGUCAUAGACCAGUCUAUGGUGCUACAGAAUAUACUCAUCCAGUCCUUUUGUUAAUCAGUUGUCUAAUUUAUUGCUGUCUACAGCUUUGCACUGGCGGAAAUGGAUACGGUCACAGUAAUCAAUCAUACAGCAGAAUAGAAUGCACAGUAAAAAUGCUUUAAAAAAAGGGUGAGGUUGGUAUGUUAGACAUCUUUGUGUUUAAAUGGGUAGGACUCUGGGUUUAUCCUGACUGUGACCUAACCAGUUUCCCUAUGAUGUCAGGAAAACACAGCAGACUAGUAAUUACACAUGCAUACCGAGUGUACAAAACAUUAAGAACACAUUCCUGAUAUUGAGUUACACCCUCUUUUGCCCUCGCAACAGCCUCAGUCCAUCAGGACAUGGACUCUACAAGGUGUCGAAAGCCCUUCCACAGGGAUGCUGGCCCACGUUGACUCCAAUGCUUCCCACAGUUGUCAAGUUGGCUGGAUGUCCUUGGGUGGUGGACCAUUCUUGAUACACACGGGAAACUGUUGAGUGUGAAAACCCCAUCAGCGUUGCAGUUCUUGACACAUGCAAACCGGCACCUUCUAUCCUACCCUGUUCAAAGGCACUUAAAUAUUUUGUCUUGCCCAUCGCCUGAAUGGCACACAAACAAAUAAAAUCAUUUAACCUGUCGUCUCCCCUUCCUCUACACUGAUUUUGAAGUGGAUUUAACAAGUGACAUCAAUAAGUGAUCAUGGCUUUCACCUGGAUUCAAAUCAAGUCAAACUUUAUUUCUCACAUGUGCCGAAUACAACAAGUGUAGCCCUUACUGUGAAAUGCUUACUUACAAGCCCUUAACCAACAGUGCAGUCUACAGUAUGUCAUGGAAAAAGCAGGUAUUCCUAAAGUUUUGUACAUUCAGUGUAUAAUUGCUAUAAGGUUAACUUCAACAGACAGAUGUAAAAUCAACAGAAAUGAAAGGUACUGUACAUGUAACAAGAUAAAACAAAAUGGUGUUGUCUGGCACUUCUGUUCUCUCCAUAUGGUACCAAUUUUGAUGUUAGUCUUUAUUUUGUGUCUUAUCAAUGUCAAAUCAGUGUUCUAUGAAUUGUUUGUGUAGUAUGACAAAUCCUACAAGAAAUAAAUAAUGAUGAUGAAAUAAGAUAAA